GCGGAGAAAGCUAUAACGAGAUUCUUCAAUGGAUCCCACUUCUUCUUCUUCUUCUUCCUCUGCUCUUAGAUGGAAAAUUCUUCGCCAAGCGCUUCUCCGUAGAUCUGAUUCUCAAUCUCAAGCUGAGACCAAUCGGAUUUCAAGGAAAGCAACUCAAGGAUUCAACUUGAUUCCUUGUCAAGUGGUGGAUUCUUCUCCGCAAUCGGAUAAGUCUCGUGAAGCAUGCGUUUGCUACACAUUUCCCAUCACUGGCUCUCCCAAACUCUAUCUAACACAAAGAGUGGAUAAUUGCAGUGAUCUCAAUGACUUCGAGAUAUCUAAUCGAUACAACAUUGAUAACACUGGACUUGUCUGUCAAUGGCCCUCAGAAGAAGUUCUAGCAUACUUUUGCAUGUCUCAGCCAGAACGAUUCAGAGGUAAAAGAGUAAUUGAGCUUGGAUCAGGGUAUGGAUUAGCCGGUUUAGCUAUUGCAGCUGCCACCGAGGCAUCACAAGUGGUAAUCUCAGAUGGAAAUCCCCAAGUAGUCAAUUAUAUUAAGCGUAACAUAGAAUCCAACUCCAUGGCAUUUGGUGGCACAAGCGUUAAAGCCAUGGAGUUGCACUGGAAUCAGCAUGAACUUUCAGAGUUGACCAACACUUUCGACAUCAUAGUUGCAAGCGAUUGUACUUUUUUCAAGGAAUUUCAUAAGCACCUUGCAAGAACCAUCAAGAUGCUGCUUAAAGUCAAAGAACCCUCGGAAGCAUUAUUUUUCAGUCCUAAAAGAGGUGACUCCUUAGACAAGUUCUUGAAGGAGAUUGAAGAUAUUGGUUUACACUACGUCUUAACCGAAAACUACGAUGCACAAGUUUGGAAACGUCAUGAGACGCUUGUGAAAGGAGACGACGCUUGGCCUAACUAUGACAAGAAUCAUUGCUACCCUUUCCUUAUUCAAAUUACGAAUCAUAUUUAGUCAAGACUGUCAUAUUUGCGGCUAUGGAAUGGCGAAUAAACGCAGGUACACCAAAUCUCUCAAGCUUUGUUUUAACAAAUUGUGUUUUAUGGA